AUGGACGACUCCCCGUCUCAGGCAGCGCCGGCGGCCGACCUGUCGCUGACGCUGGCGCCGGCGCCUCCCGCGCCCCCUCCGGCGGGUCCCGGGGGCGGUGGCGUGGCGACGGCGUGCGUGGACGGCAAGGACGUGCGCCUGUUCCCGUGCCUCUUCUGCAACAAAAAGUUCCUCAAGUCGCAGGCGCUCGGGGGCCACCAGAACGCGCACAAGAAGGAGCGGAGCAUCGGCUGGAACCCCUACUUCUACAUGACCCCGCAGUCCACCAAUGCGGCGCCGCCGAGCCCCACCGCCCCGACCGCCUACGCCGGCGUCGGCGUCGGCUACGGCGUCGCGGGCGCGGGCGCGUCUGCGGCGGCGGGCGGCCUCCUCCCCGCGUCGUACGCGGGCCACGUGUACGCGCCCGUGCCGGCGCCGUUCCCCAUCGCCUCGCACAGCUCCAGCGGGCUGCAGUACUACGCACCCCACCCCCACGAGGGAACAGCGGCGGUGUCGGCGGGCACGUGGGCGGCGACGACCGCGACGGGCGAGGCCGGCGGCGCGGGCGUCGUGCUGGCCCCGCGCGCGCGCUACGCCACGCACCAGGCGGCCGAGCACCCCGGCGGCGCCGGCCGCGACGACCUGAUCGACAUGCUCAACUGGAGGAGGGGCUCCCACGGCACCACGGCCUCCGCAGCCGCCACCACCGCGUCGCCGGCCAGCACCACCACCACGCUCACCACCUCCUGGGCCGGCGCCGGCGCCGACGGCGGCGGCAGCAGCAACGAUGACGACGGAGAGCUCGACCUCAACCUCAGCCUCUAG